AUGAUUCUUCCAAAACAACAAGAGAACUUGACCAAAUCGCUAGAUGAAUUAUUAACUGAGAUAACUACUCCCAAAGAAGAUGGUUUAUUGGCUGCUCCUGGUUGUACAGUUGGUGUUACAAAUGAAAAGAAAAACAUUUACCUCAAUUCCAAAGGAGUUCGAAAUUUAAAUGAUCCAGUUCCAGUCAAAAAUGAUGAUACCUAUGCUUAUUUUUCAUGUACUAAAUCAAUUACUGUCAUGGGUGCAUUAAUUUUAUAUGAACAAGGUAAAAUUAAAUUAGAUGAACCAGUUUCUUCAUAUUUUCCCGAUAUUGAAAAGAUUGGUCAAUUAGAACCAAAAUCAAUUGAUAAAAAAACUGGUAAGUUUAUCAAACCUUUAUUAAAACCUAAGACUUCAAUUACUGUUAAACAUUUAAUCACUCAUACUUCUGGUUUUAGUUAUGGUUUCAUUCAUCCUGAUUAUUUUACAUUAAUUACCAAAGGUGAAAAAUUAGAUCCAGUAAAUCCAACAAUGGAAUUCUUUUAUAAAAAAACACCUUUAGUUUUUGAACCUGGUAGUGCUUGGAUGUAUGGUCAUAGUAUUGAUUUUCUUGGAUUUUUAAUUGAAAAAGUUGCAGGAAUGAAAUUAGGUGAAUUCUUGAAACAAAACAUAUUUGAUGUUAUUGGAAUGAAUAAAUGUACAUUUCAUAAGAAAAACUUUGAAGAUCAAGUUAGAGUACAUUAUAGAAAACAAGACGAACUGUUGAAAUUACAAGAAAAAUUUGGUUUAUCAUUAGAUCCAAAUUUAGAUUUAGGUGGACAAGGAUGUUUUGGUACAGUUGGAGAUUAUCUUAAGUUUAUGAGAGUUUGGUUAAACUAUGGUUAUUCACCAGAUGCAAAUAAACGUAUAUUGAAUAAAUCAACCGUUGAAUUUGCAAUUAGAAAUCAUUUACCAGAUCAUAUACCAUUAGAUUUCAUUGGAUUAGCUCAUAAUUAUAUAGAUGAAGAUGAAAAUCCAGAUAGAAAGAACGAUGGAUGGACAUUAACUGGUAAUGCAUAUUGUUCAAAUGAUUUACCAACUGGUAGACCUCAAGGUUCAAUUUAUUGGGGUGGUUUUGCAAAUUUAGCUUAUUGGAUGGAUUUUAAGAAUAAGAUAGCUGGGUUUUAUGCUGUUCAAGUUUUACCAUAUAUGGAUGAAUAUAAUGUUGAAUAUAUUGGUAAAUUUGAGACAUUAGUUUAUGACAAUUUAUGUGACACUAGUAAAUUGUGA